AUGCCGGGGCUUAGGGCAAACACUAUCAUUACCUGGCUGUCACCAAUGAAGGCUGCACCCAUCAGAAGAAAUGACACAGAGCUGAGGAUAGUGAUGGUGGGGAAGACUGGAAUUGGGAAGAGCGCCACUGGAAACACCAUCCUGGGACGACAGUGCUUUGAAUCAAAGUUCAGUGCUAAGUCUAUGACUGUAGACUGUUCUAAGGGUGAAGCUGUGGUGCAUGGACAACAGGUUGCUGUUAUUGACACCCCAGGCCUGUUUGACACCAGGUUCGGCAUGGAUGAAACCACUAAAGAUAUGACCAUGUGCAUCUCUUAUGCUGCUCCUGGACCCCAUGUCUUCCUGGUGGUCAUCAGGCUGGGAAGAUUCACUGAAGAGGAAAAGCAGACGCUGCAGAAGAUUCAAGAAGUCUUUGGCCAGGCUGCAGACAGAUACAGCAUGGUGCUCUUUACUGGUGGUGACCUUCUUGAAGAUACCACUAUUGAGGAAUUCUUGGAUGAAAGUCCAGACCUGCAGGAACUCGUAGCCAGAUGUAACAACCAGUACCAUGUCUUCAAUAAUAAACUGAAGGAUGGUGCUCAGGUCAUUGAGCUGCUCCAGAAGAUCAGAAAUAUAGUCCAGAAGAACGGAGGAAGCCACUACACCAACGAGAUGUUCCAAGAGGCUGAGAGAGCAAUCGAGAAGGAGAAACAACGCAUCCUCAAAGAGAAAGAAGAACAAAUACGCAGAGAACAAGAGGAACUGGAGAGGAAACUAAAGGAAAAAUAUGAAAAAGAGAUGAAGAAAAUGAAUGACCAACUCCAGGCUGAGAGAGAGAGGGAGAGGAAAGAGAGAGAGGAGGAGAGGAAGAGGGAGAAGGAGGAGAUGAAUGAGGAGAGGAAGAGGGAGAGGGAGGAGAGAGAGGCAGAGAGAAAGAGAGAGAGAGAGGAGAAAGAAAGGGAGAUGACAAAUAUGAUGAAUAAACUAAAGGAACAGCAUGACAGAGAACUCAUAGAGGAAAGAGAAAAGUUGGACAACAGGCAUGAAAGGUCAGCUAGACAUCAAGCUGAAAGGCGUCAUAGAUGCAUAAUCCUAUAA